CCAAGCCAUACAAUGUUCCAGUUCAUUCUGCUUGGAGCUGUCCUGAUAAGUGCAAGUUUUGCCGAAUCGCCCACGACCAGUACAAGUUCCUCUUCCAGCUCGCCCCUAGCGAGAGAAAAAGUUGAAAUAACCUUUUGUCGACACGAAAAUAAGAAGAUCGAAAUCGGAGCAAAGGUCUACAAGGGAUGCGAGGAAUGCACAUGCACGACCAAGCCCUAUAUCAGCUUCAUGGGACCCGCGGAUCAAGGACAAGUGGUAUGCAGCGAGGGUACUUUCUGUUGUCUGUUCAUUGACAACGAAGGUAAAACUCAGCGAGCUUACACCGGUGACAAAUACAGUGAUGGUUGUAACACAUGUACAUGUAAAAAGGACAUGAGUGUUGAAGAUUGCACUCAGCAAUGGUGUAAGAACAUGUGUCCGUAUUAUACUGUGGAUAAUAUCGUGAAUCAUACCAAACUGGGAAAAGUUAUUGCGAUUGACGACGCAGUCGGCAAAAAGAAAUGUCCCAGAAAGUGCAAAUGCACGCGAUCAGGAAGAAUUAAGUGCACAGGACGCUGCCUUAACGAGAGUCCCAUGGCCAUAUUUGGUUAGGUUAAUAAUUUUAAGGCGGGCGAAUUAGUAAUAGCCCUGUGUUAAAGUUUAAACCAAGUUUGAGUUGAUAGUAAAACAGAAACAAUCUCUCUUAUAAUUAUAAAGCAUGAAUAAUUUUCUUAAAUGUUAAAAAGAAUGAACAAUUUAAAAAUGUCUUAAGAAUAAGUAAUACAGUCACAAAUAUGUUAACAACUUUUUUCAAGCAUGGAAUAUGAAAUGUAUGGUAAAAAUGUAUUAUUGAUUUACUACAACCAUA